AUGUCUUCUCUGAGGUUCACAAUGUCAGAUGACUCUAAAUCCAACUUUGAUGAGCUCAGAUGGGUCAUUCAAAUCCGUAGAACACUUGAAGAAGAACUUGAGGAUGAUGGUGAACUACCUGUAUCCAUCUUCAAUGUUCCCAGGCUCCUCAUGGUUAGUGAUCCAGAUUCUUACGUCCCUCAGCAAGUUGCAAUUGGUCCUUAUCAUUACUGGCGUCCAGAGCUUUAUGAAAUGGAAAGGUACAAGCUUGCCGCUGCAAAAAGGUUCCAGAAACAACUACAAAGCUUCAAGUUAGAAAACCUCGUGCAACAACUGACAAAGUUGGAGCAGAGGAUUCGAGCAUGCUACCACAAGUUCUUAGAUUUCAAUGGCGAAACCUUGGUGUGGAUGAUGGCGGUCGAUGCCUCGUUCUUGCUUGAGUUCCUUCAGGUUUAUGCCAUCCAAGAAGGAUCAAAAGUACCCGGAGUUUCCUCAAGGUCUAUGUCUCAUUUGGUAGAUUAUGCAGGGAAGAAAUCAGCUCAUAAUGCAAUUUUGAGAGACAUAGUAAUGCUUGAGAAUCAGCUUCCCUUGUUUGUUCUGAGAGAGAUGUUGGAGUUCAAGUUCACAUCGUUAGAAGUUGCAGACGACUUACUGUUUUCAAUGGCCGUAGGAUUGUUCAAAGAACUUUCUCCUUUCAAGCUGAUGGAGGAUUAUCCAAAUGUCCAAGUCUCAGGGUGCGCUCACCUGUUAGAUUUCUUUUAUGACAUGAUCGUGCCCAAAUUGAAACAACAAUCUGAUAUAGUCGAAGUUGACGAGGUUCAACUUGAAGAAGAGCAAGAGAGAGAAAAUCAACCCCAAAUCCAAAUCCAAAUAUUCAUUUCCAACCUUCCUGGACUUAGAAUUCUUAAAGUGCCUGUUGAAUCCUUCUUCUUUUCCUUGCUAGAUAAAGAACAAGAAAACCCAGAAAAUGGGGAUUCGAGCUCAAAUAGUCUCAAUAAUAAACCACCAUUAGUGGAGGAAAUUGCUAUUCCAUCAGUUUCAGAACUCUUAGACGCAGCGGUUGGUUUCUUACCCACAAAUAAAGGCAUAUCAAGCAUUAAUUUUGAUGCAAAAACGCGCACAUUUCACCUUCCCACCAUUAGUCUAGACGUCAAUACUGAGGUGGUGUUGAGAAAUUUAGUUGCAUAUGAAGCAUCAGCAGCAUCAGGUCCGUUGGUUUUGACACGGUACACUGAACUGAUGAACGGGAUUACAGAUUCUGAGGAGGAUGUGAAGAUACUAAGAGCACAAGGGAUUGUUCUGAACCACUUGAAGAGCGAUGAGGAGGCUGCUAAUAUGUGGAACGGGAUGAACAGUUCAAUAAGAUUGACCAAGGUGGCAUUUUUGGACAAAGCCAUUGAAGAUGUGAACAAGUACUAUAAUGGAAGAUUAAAGGUGAAAGCUUGGAAAUUAAUGAAGCUUUAUGUGUUCAGUUCAUGGCAGUGCUUCACAUUCCUGGCUGCCAUCUUGCUCUUGCUCUUGAUGACCUUGCAAGCCUUCUGCUCUGUUUAUACUUGCAGUCGCAUAUUUCAGGUGGAUAAUACUGAUGAAUGA